CUGGAUGACAACAUUGACAUUUGUGGACAUGCUCUUUCUUAUCCUUCUUUCUAAUUUUUGACAGCUUCUAUAGAAGUUUAUCAAGAUGUUGAUGCCAAAAAAGAAUAGAGUAGCUAUCUACGAAUACCUCUUCAAAGAGGGAGUCAUGGUAGCCAAAAAAGAUUACCAUGCCCCAAAACACCCUGAACUAGAAACUAUCCCUAACCUUCAAGUAAUUAAGGCUUUACAAUCACUUAAAUCAAAAGGUUACGUAAAGGAACAAUUCGCCUGGAGGCAUUAUUAUUGGUAUUUGACUAACUCUGGCAUCGAAUACCUCCGCACAUUCUUACACUUGCCUGGAGAAAUUGUCCCAUCUACCUUGAAACGCCCAGCAAGGGCAGAAACCACCCGUCCUAGGCCAGCUGCUCUCAGAUCUGAGACAUCUAAACCUUCAGAAGACCGUGCAGGAUACAGAAGGACUCCUGGUGGCCCUGGAGCUGAUAAGAAGGCUGAUGUUGGUCCAGGAACAGGAGAUGUUGAGUUCAGGCAAGGAUUUGGACGUGGACGGGCACCACAAUAAAUUUAUUUAUAAGUUAAUUUUUAUAAAUUGAUCAGCCAAUAAAAAGUUUGGUUACAAUGU